AUGGCUGCAAAUCCCCUUGGUGAUGUGUUAAUUCUCGGCCAGCCUAAUGCAGUUGGAGGCACAGCCGUCACUCUUCCCAGCCACGAAGCGAUCAACGCCUUUAGCGACGAGAAGAAUCGCCUGGCUGUUGAUCAUGGAGAAGUUGACAAGAAGGGUGCUCUGGAGCCCGAGGUCAAGGCAGCCCUUCCCGAAUAUGAUGCCGCCGAGCACGAGAAGGACGGCGAUGGCGAGGAUCAUAUCAUCGUUACUGGCGCCGACGCAGCUGCUCACCUACUGCCAUUGCGAGACGACUUCGAGUCUGCAUUGACCUUUCGAAGUCUCUUCUUGGCCUCUAUUCUAUCCGCGUUCCAAGCCGUUGUGUUCCAGAUCUACCAGUUCAAACCCACCCUCAUCACUAUCCAAGGCACUUUCAUCGUCCUCAUGGCCUAUUUUCUCGGUAGAGGAUGGGUCAAGUUGUUGCCACGCGGAGACAAAUUCGAGGCUCGAUGGAGAGAAAAGGGCGGAGUUGGCAAGACACCCCUAUGGAUCACAAUCAUGUCCUUCUUCAACCACGGCGAGUGGAGUUUGAAGGAGCAUGCUAUCACGUCGAUCACUGCAACAUCGGCAUCGAUCGCUGCUCCUAGCAGUCAGGUCUUCGCGGCAUCCGACCUCUUCUACGACAUGCCUCUGAGCCCCAUCACUGUUAUCUUCAGCACCAUCUCCAUUGGACUCUUCGGCUACGGCAUCUGCGGAAUAAUGCGCCCCAUCUGCGUUUGGCAUGUUGAUUCGGUUUAUUGGAGUAGUCUUCCCACCGUAAAGGUACUCCAGGGUCUCCACUGGCAGACCGUCAAGGACUCGAAGCCACUUCGGUGGUUCUGGAUCGCAUUCUGUGGCAUGUUUGUCUAUGAAUUCUUCCCUGCGUACAUUUUCCCGUGGCUGAACUCUGUAUCAAUCCCUUGUUUGGCUGCCAUGCAUGCGACCGGGUCCAAAGCAGCCAUACUUACCAACGUCUUCGGCGGAGCUACCAACAAUGAAGGCCUAGGCUGGUUCAGCAUCUCGUUCGAUUGGCAAUAUAUCACCUCCUUCCAGUCAUCACUCCCGCUCAAGUUCCAACUGCAUCAGACUGCCGGAUUUAUAGUCUGCUUCUUCGUCAUGCUCGGUAUCUACUACGGCAACGCCUGGGGUUCGAGGAGUCUUCCCUUUAUGUCGACGCGUCUCUUGACCCAGGAGGGCAAACAGUAUCCAAGCGAAAGCGUCUUCAUUGACGGGGUCCUGGAUGAGAAAGCUUUGCUACAAUACGGUCUGCCGAGGAUUACAGGCACAUUUGCCUAUGCUAUGUUUAUGGCUAAUGCUGCAAUCGGUGCUCUAAUUGCCCAUAUUAUUCUCUUCUGGGGCGGCGAUACGGUUAAAGCAUUCAAGGAUGCGAAGAAGGGACGGUUCGAUGAUCCCCACCACGCGCACAUGGCCAAGCACUACAAAGACGCGCCUCAAUGGUGGUACCUCGUUGUACUUCUCGUCAGCUUCGUGCUCGGUCUUAUUGUUGUGAUCAAAGAGAAUGUUACCCUUCCAGUAUGGGCUUAUGUCAUUGCACUGGCAAUGGGAACAAUUAUCUCGCCAUUCAGUACCUUGCUCUAUGCUCGCUUUGGUAACGGUAUUGCAACAAACAAUUUGUCCAAAGUCAUUGCUGGACUGGUUCUACCUGGACGCCCAAUAGGAAACAUGUACUUCGCGGCAUGGUCUCAUAACGUCAUCAACAGUGCUGUUCAGCUCAGCAUGGAUCUCAAACUGGGCGAAUACCUCAAGAUUCCUCCUCGCGUCAUGUUCUUGACGCAGAUAUACGGUACCGUUCUGGGUGGAUUCAUCAACUACGCCGUCAUGAUCUCAAUCGUUACGGGUAACAAGCACCUCCUGGCUGAUACCGACGGUAACGCAUCGUGGAGCGGUGCAACUAUCCAAUCGUACAACACCAACGCCUCGACCUGGGCGCUCGCCGCCUACCUAUACAAGCAAGGGAAGGCUUACUCCAUUGUGCCCUUUGGUCUUCUCAUUGGCGCCGCUAUUGUCCUCGCGCACCGUAUCUUCGUCCGAUUCGUCCCGCGCAUCGGCAACUUUUCCCUCCGCGAGAUCAACUUUCCUCAGUUCAUCCAGUACGCUGGUUACAUUCCGUACAACCAAAGCCAGACGUGUGUGAUUCUCAGUUGGACGAUUGUUGGCUUCUUCACGCAGUUCUAUCUGCGCAACUACCGCCCACGCAUCUUCAGGGACUACUCGUACCUUAUUGCGGGUGCGUUCGAUGGCGCAAGUCUGACUUGCUUGUUCAUUCUGUCGUUUGCUGUAUUUGGCGCCGGAGGGCCCGCGAUUCCGUUCCCACAGUGGUGGGGAAAUAACGUUGCUGGCAACUAUGAUUUAUGUCCUGUGGCAGAGUAG